AUGGGCGUCAGCGACGCUUCCCAAGAAGCCGCUGUCACGCCUGAUCCUGUCGAAAAGGGGUUUGCCGCUCUCAACACCCUCAGGAUCGGCGUGAAGGCAUUUGUAGAAAAGGAUGGCGAGUAUCGAAAGGCGGAGAUUUUAUCCAUGAGACAGCGGAAGGGAGGGUCAAGUUUUUACGUUCACUAUGUCGACUUCAACAAACGGCUUGAUGAAUGGGUUCCAGCAUCCAGAAUUGAUUUGACCCAGGAGGUUGAGUGGCCGCAGCCAGAGAAGCCCGAGAAGAAGAAAACUUCUGGUGCUGCGGCUCCAAAGGCACAGCCGAAGAAUGUUCCGAAGCGGCCUCGGGGAGGUAGUCGAGAAAUAUCUGCUCCAGAACUCCUUGCUGACAAAGAUUUGAAUAUCAACAAGUCAUCUCGUCCAUCCAAGGCUGGCGGGAAAGAGAACCGUGAAGAUGAAACGCCGCAGAACAUUUCGCUACUGGGCAGCGAGGCUGUUUCUUCUGUUAGCACGCCUAAGCUGGAUGGGGAAACUGAAGAUAUUGAAAUGGUCGAUGCUGGUGACGCAGAAGCAAAACAAGCCAUAAAGGAAGAGGAGGAUAAGCUUGCUGGGGAAAUUGCAAGAGAAGAGGAGAUUGAGAAGCUCCGAACCGGCGGAAGUAUGACUCAAAACCCGAUUGAGAUUCAUCGGGUACGAAACUUGACUCAUAUCCAGAUGGGCAAAUUCGAGAUAGAACCCUGGUACUUUUCGCCUUAUCCUGCACACUUUACUGAUGCGGACAUGGUGUACAUUGAUGAGUUCUGUCUCAGCUACUUUGAUCAGAAAAGGUCCUUUGAGAGACACCGUAGCAAAUGUACCCUAGUCCAUCCACCAGGAAACGAAAUUUACCGUGAUGAUAAUGUUUCUUUUUUUGAAGUCGAUGGACGCCGUCAACGUACUUGGUGUCGAAACCUAUGUCUCCUUAGCAAGCUAUUCCUGGAUCAUAAAACUCUCUAUUACGAUGUUGAUCCCUUCCUCUUCUAUUGCAUGACUACGCGGGACGAACAUGGCUGUCAUUUGGUCGGAUACUUCUCCAAAGAAAAGGAAUCGGCAGAAGGAUAUAAUGUGGCCUGUAUCCUAACAUUGCCGCAGUAUCAACGUCGGGGCUUUGGUCGUCUGCUCAUCGCGUUUAGUUAUGAGCUUAGCAAGCGAGAAAACAAGCUAGGUUCACCCGAGAAACCUCUUAGUGACUUGGGGCUGUUGGGUUACCGUCAAUAUUGGCGAGAAACCAUUGUCGACAUCUUGAUGGAGCCAGGCAGAGAGACCAUUAGCGAGAGUGAAUUGGCGAGUCUUAGUGCAAUGACGGAAAAGGAUGUCCACGAGACGUUGGUCGUAUUGAAUCUCCUUAGGUAUAACAAAGGAAACUGGGUCAUCGUCCUCACCGAUGCCGUAGUCGAACAGCAUAAAAUACGUUUGGAAAAAGAGAAAAUAAAAGGCACCCGGAAGAUUGAUCCCGCCAGGUUACAGUGGAAGCCUCCAGUUUUUACCGCGUCGAGUCGGACGUGGAAUUGGUAG